AUGGUCGAGCAGCGGGUAAGUCGCCUGGAAGGUGAGUACGGCCACUUGGCCACCAAGGCCGAAAUCGCGGAAGUUCGCGGCGAGGUCAAGGGUGAAGUGGCAGAUCUCAGGGGCGAGCUGAGGGGCAUAAAGUGGACCUUGGUGGUCGCAAUUGCCGCAGCGACUGUGGUCUUGGCCGGACUCCAGGUGGCUCUGAAAUACGUCGGAUGA